AUGUCGACUCCGGAUCCCAACUCCUCCGCAACUGUAACGGUGAAUCCAUCUACCGCCACUACAUCCGUAUCUCCGGCAACACCAGCAGUCACUGUCAGAAUACCGACGUCUCAGCCACCUCCCGCUCCGCCGCCGCCGCCUCCGUCUUAUAGAGCCAUAGCUCCGCUUCACCAUCCUAAUCAGUUUCAUCAAGCGCAUAAUAACGUCUACGCACAGUCAAUCCCAAACCGACGCCCGAAUCCGCCACACCAGCUUCACCAUCCAGACCCGUCAACGGUUCUGUUCCCGUUUGCUCCUCCGGGUCGAGGGUUUACAACCCGACCCGUUCGGAUGAGCUCGCCGCUCGCUGCUGAUCCUUCGGCAACGGCUGCUAAUCAGAGUGGGUACCCUCCUCGCCCGGUUAUGGCGUACAAUCAUCGACAAUUUGGGCCGAAUCAAAUGGAAUCAAUGAUGCAGUUCAUGAGAGCGAGAAAUCCUCAGAUUCAUCAGCUUCCUCAUCCCGGGUCGUGUUCUCCUGCCGGGCCGGGUCCCAUGAGGGGAAUUCCUCACUUUUUGCAACCGCGGGUGUCCCCUCCCCCAACUUCAAUUCUAGACACUGGCAGGAAUAAAAAUGCAAGAAAGCGGGAUGCGGCUCUCGUCCUUGUAAGAGGGAGAAAGGUUAGAAUCACUGAUGGAGCCUCUCUUUAUUCACUUGGUCGAUCGUGGUUGAGAAAUGGUGCUCAUGAAGGAAUUCAGUCGCAAAGGAGCGAUACAAUGAAACCUUUACCAAAGCCAUUACCUGUGGAUACGAUGGAAGCAAGUGUGCCAAAUGAACCAGCUAAAGAACCGUCUGUUGAAGAUAAAGAGGACGAGGAAUCUGUGGAGCAAUUAUCAGAGAAGGAUCUUUUGAAAAUACACGUCGAGCGAGCUAAGAAGGUCCGUGCAGGAUUAAGAGAAGAGAGGUUGAGGAAAAUUGCGAGGUACAAAGCAAGAUUGGCCCUUCUUCUGCCACAAUCCGGAGAGCAAUGCAUAAAGAACGAUUGA